CGCUGCCGUCGCUCCACUUGACAAAGGUGAGGGCGCCGCCCACUCUCACGUAAAAAUACAAUUCUUAUCGACGAGAGGACGAACUUGCCGAAAUUCGGCCGCACCACUUCCGGCUUAUUACGGUCGGCGUGAAGAAUGACGUGAAUUGCGUCGGCGACCGUUCGGCGUUUCUCGCGGAAUCACUCGGCGUAAAAACUUGUUUUGACGUUUUAUCAUUUACCAUUUUCCGUGUCAGACGUGAACAGAAAUUUUGAGGAUUAUCGUGUGAUUCAGCCAAGGAUGCCGAUUGAAUCGAUGACGUCCUUGGUGGAGUCUGCCAUCAAGCAAAAAGUGCCUUAGUUUUGGAAGAGAACAAUAAUUUUGGCAAAAUGUUUGCCAAAAAGAUCAGCAUUGACAUCAAGAAGUCCACCCUGAAAAUUCAGGACUAUAAGAGAGACAGUGCUACCAGACUUAAGCACGUCAAAAUUGUUAUUGACAACGUGGAAACGGCAGUGGCCAAAUCGUUUUUUGAAGCGAACUUCAGUCACAUCUAUAGUAUCCUGUACGAGAGUUUUCUAGCUGCUGAAACGAACUUGAAACAGAAAAUUCAAAAAACGCACAAGGAGGAGCUAGACUUGGUGCUGUCUGUUUUGGAAAAAAUUCUGAUUUUGCUGCCAGAGUUACUCUCAAAACGGUGGCAAUGCUACAGCCUGACAAGGAUAAUGCUAAAGCUGCUGCACCACGACAACACCUGGAGAGUAAGGAAAGAAGGAAUAAGACUCUUCCUCCUAUGGUACCAAGCUAUAGGAGAAAAUUCUCCAGACAUCCUGCACGCAAUUUUUGCCACCCUAGUGCCAGGAUUCCCUACACCAAAACUUGGAGAUAGGUUUUCUGCCUUGUGUAAUGACACACCAUACACUAUGUUUUUAGAUGGAAUCGAAGAACAAGCAAGUGCAGCAAAAAUCCAACCUGUUUUGAUGUCCCAGAGCAUUGAAAAGCAUUUGGAUGAGAGAAUGCAAUCGGUUUUGGACACACUUUUGGAACUGAUGGUUUCGCAGGUGACCAGAAUAGAAUGGCGUGAUCGAUACUCCCAUCAACACCAAUGCUUUUCUUUUCUUUUGGAGAUGUUCAAGAAGUUCUACCUGCCACACAUUUUUCCCAAUUUUUUGUACUCCACAAGCCUAUACAAAGUCAACUUAGAUUUCCCUGAAACACGGAAACAGAAGUCCACAUUAAUAGACACUCCCAACGGCAAGAAGCAAGAUCCGUUUGUCGCCUGUCGGGUUAAUGUGAUCAAGUGGGUCUCACACUUUGCUCAGGCAAGCAAGAAGGACAGUCUGACUGGCAACACGCUUUACGCCACAAGCGACGACGGAAUGCCAGAUUUCAGACGGGCCAGUGUCAUGAGCCAAGGACCAGAUUCCUCGCUCCAAGAGCACAGAGGAAGCGAUGCUGAUAGUUUUUACGGGGACGGGGACGGUGGAAGUAAUUCAAUCGCCCUCUUUUUAUGCCGAGAGGUGCUCUAUGGCUCUAGGGAAAAUGUCAACUUUGUGCACGAAGUGUAUCGACAAGCAUUCCUACUGAACUUCACCCAUUCAUCAGCAGUCAGAAAAGCGUUGGCCAUCUACAAAGAUUGGAUCCAAAUGACUGCACCGGACAUUCCACCAUUCAUCCUAGAACCAGUCGAACCAGGGAGAGGUCGACUUCCUUCUUGCGAGUCAAGCAGCAUGGAGGUUGAUGGAGGCCGCGAUUCAAGAAUGGACUCACAUUCCAGUUUGCCUGAAGAUGUACUUGUACAAGCGGGACUUCAGAACGUUCUUUUGAUUUUUAUGACAAACGCUGCAAACCUAUUUUUACUGGAGGUUGGGCAAGACUACCCAUCUCUGCUGGAGGAACAAGUUGAUGCAUGCAAAAGAGUGCUGAACAUUUACAGAUACAUGGUGAUGAGGACCAAGAUGGAAACAAAAACAUGGGAGCAAUUGCUGUUGACUCUUUUGAAAAUUACCUCCCAAGUCAUCACAAAAAUACCUCCAAAGCGUAAAGACGACACUCUUGGAGGAAAACUGGCUCAAGCAUUGUUUCAAACACUUAUAGUGACAUGGAUUAAAGCAAACUUGAAUGUGGUCGUGAGUAACGAGCUGUGGGAUCACUUCUAUCAAGUCUUAUCAUCUCUCACUCAGUGGGAAGAGUUGAUCAGAGAGUGGGCCAAAACUUUGGACACUUUGACCCGAGUAAUGGCUCGCCAAGUUUACAAACUCGACCUGGAUGAUUUGCCACUUGACAGAAUGAAGGAUCAAAAAGUAAAACGACGGCCACAUGUAACGAUCCCACAACAACCUAACUCGAAUAUGCAGGAUUUGGGUCGACUCUCAGCAAGGAGCCCAAAACACGCUUUUGCUGAUAAUACUUCAUUACCAAGUUCCUCCGUUUGUGGAGCAGAUGGCAAUGAAUUUGCUAAAGUCAAGGUGUCAGGUGUUUGCCAGUUGUUGAGGAAGAACCGUGGGCUGAGGCGAAGCUUCAGUGACAGCUACCUUGUAGCUAACAAGAUAUGCUCUGCCCAACUAGUAAAAGAAAGCAUAUUUAGAUUUCCUGAGCAAGAGAUUGAGCACAUCAAAAGGUCAAGUUGUACUAAAAGAUCAUACUCGCUUGACUCCAUCUCGCUGCCAAAGGAUAACAGUUUGGUUUACCCCGGAUCGGAAACGCCAACUCGCACCCCUUCUCCUUCACCAUCCAGUGGGGUUGGUGCGAGUUUGGUCAAAGACUCAAUCAUGCAAAUGGACAACAUCUCGGCUGACGGAAACAGCUAUGACCCAAGUUCCAACUCGGAACACCGAUCUGUGAUGGCGGGUGGAAACCUGAGGGGGUGGUGUCCGGAAGUGGUGGUUGUUUUGUGGCGUCGCAUGCUUGGUGCUUUGGGCGAUGUCAACCGACUUGUCCACCCCAACCUGCAUGUACAAGUUUUUGAGUACUUAAUAGAACUUAGUAAGACUCUUCUCAAGAUAAAUGCAAAUCACAACCUAGUGCUCGAACCUAACUCGCCGUCACCGUCCUCUGAGCUCACCCCACCCUUUCUAGUGAUCAUUCCCUGGUGUUUUAAGGCCCUUGUCCUUCCAAAUGACUAUAACCGAGGCAAGGUUUGUGCUUAUGAACUGCUCUGUGACCUGAUCUUGUCCUGCCAAGACAUCAACUUACCCAAAGACAAUGUCAUUGAAUUUUAUCGAGUUCUGCAUUUGGGACUGACAGGGACCCACCAAAUUUUGGCACGUGAUUGCAUGCCUGUUCCUGUCACUCAAGGUGAUGGUAGCAAGAUCAGCCUUUCAGAUCCGGUAAUCAAUGCCCUCGUCAGGCAUUGUGGAACUCGGUUCUUUUCGUUGAUGCUGCCUGGACACACAUUGCUGAUGCUGGACUUCAUUCAGGCCUCUAAUACUGUCAUUGGAUCAAAUGACAUACGUGGCGUGCCACGCACUGAAGCCAUGUCGAUAAUUGGUGCCUUAUUGAGCCUAAGUUCCAUUGUGGAGAAUGCAGUUCUGAAUCCGAACAGUACCGAAUACUCACUAAUCACUUCGUCUGAUACAAAAGAUUACAUAUUUAGUUUACUGCUGAGGUUUGGAAAAAUGGAGCAAUCAGGAAGAGCCCGUUGCAUUGCUUUGUCAUGCAUCGGUAUAUUUUUGUGCGAAGAAUUACGACAGGGAAAUUCCCACCCAAAGAUGCGAGAUGCAAUCAGUAUAUUAUUAAUGUCACUCAGGUGUAACCACAAAACUAUUGUUAAAGUAGCCAUAGAAAACCUCCUGCUCCUGGCAGACAACACUGAUGCUUUGCUUAAAGUGCAUCCUGAUGUUUCGCUCCUUAUCGUAGAGACUAUUGUGCAUACAAUUCACAGUCUUCUCACAACACCCAUGUUUGAGGAUGAAGGGCGUCUUCUGGUUAGUCUAAUUUUCUGUGUCGGCGAGUGGUGCAUGAGACUACCCAUUUACCUGCUCAUGAAGUCUUUUGCUGGCAGUUGUUUGCUGCUCAACGUGUUUAGGGUUUUAAAUAGCAUAUUAGCAAAGAACCAAACACAUGUUUCACUCCCUCCCUUGGACUCGGACUUUGAUCCAAACAUCAAGUUUGACGACCUUAAAGAAAGACCAUGGCAAGGUGGUAGAGGCUCGUUGCUGCCGAGCAACAAUCAAAACAACUUCAACGAAAAUGCUAUCAACAGCUUGAAACUUGCAGCAAAAGCCGUAUUGACGCACCUUCUGCGCCACUUGGACCACUUUCCGAUGGCUGCUAGGGCGGCACGACUUUCGUCCCUAGCUGAGGAAAAUGAUGACGUACCUGGCUUGAACACCAGCAAGCUCAACACUCAGGUCUUUUCAGAGCCCAACGUUCAACUGUUUGCCGUCAAUAAUAAAAUCAUCAUGUCGAUGAUUGAGUUGCCAGCGCCGGAGCCAACAAUUGGUGGUGUGACUUUUGGUCUUUGUGCCGCUCCGUUCCAAGUGAGACUCAUUCUUCGUGAUCGCGGCUGGAAAACAUGUUGGGACGCAUCACUCCUGUAUUGCAACGAGGAGGACAAAGCUCAGUGCACAACUCCUGCACCAAACUUUUCCAAAGACCUAGAGUACAUAAAUUCAAUCAGCUCAUUCAUUGUGGAACAAAACGCUGCCUCGAUGCAUAAGUUAAUCCGGCGAAAACCACCAAACAUCCUUCCGAACUUUGAAAAUGCAGAAGAUGACAUGGAUAGUCUUGAUGAUCUUCUGCAAUACAUUGGUCACACCAGCUCAGAAUGCUUGAAAGCCCUUGACACACCAAGAAAUGUGGCAGCGCAAUUUGCCCCUCCACUCAAUCCGAGGGUCGAAGUCGAAGCUAUCGCGUCCAUCGUUAGUCAGAAGAAAAAUGAAAAAGAGUUUAUUGGUUGCAACAGGGAACAAGAGCACCAGUAUUUAAUGGCCUCAAAAUGCCACCCAGACACUCCGGGAACUCCAACCUUGUCAUUCCUACUGUGCAAAUUAUUGUUUUCCCACUUCGGAUACACUGGCUGGGAACGCAGAUCUCACAUCAAUUUGCUUCGCAAAGAUGAGAAGUUUAUCAGAGAAAUCAGAAACCUGGAUGCGAAGAUUUGCAGAGAGACGCACAAAAUUGCAGUAUUUUACGUUGCGGACGGGCAGGAGGACAAAAAUUCAAUUUUGUCAAACACCUCUGGAAGCGCUGCAUAUGAAGAGUUUGUUGCUGGAUUGGCUUGGGAGGUCGAACUGGAAAGCCACACUGGAUUUAUGGGUGGGUUGCAGAAAAACAAGAGCACUGGUGACACAGCGCCUUUCUAUGCGACUUCAUUCGUUGAAGUUAUGUUCCACGGCGCCACCAGAAUGCCUUCCUCCAGCCAGGAAAGUUUGCUUCAAAAGACACGCCACCUUGGCAAUGACGAAGUCCACAUUGUUUGGUCUGAGAAUUCCUCUGACUAUUGGCGCGGCAUCAUUCCAACCGAGUUUUGUGAUAUCCUGAUGGUCAUCUAUCCCCUUCCCAACCGCUUGUACCGUGUGCAAGUAAAUCGCAAGAAAGAUGUUCCCUACUUUGGGCCACUCUUCAACGAAUCUAUUGUGGGCCAUCAGGCUUUGCCAAUGCUCGUCAGGGCAACCGCCAUUGCAGCGUCAAGAGCAAAAAGGAGCAUGCUCCCCAUGUACCAAACUUAUUAUGAGGAAAGAACAAAAGCUUUGUUGACAAUUGCCGACCACUACAAAAUCCCAUCAACUUUUGAGGAAUUCGCUUCAUCAGUGUAUGCACCUGUGUACCUUGUUAAAUCAACAGCCUCCAUGUUCUCCAACAAUGAGACAAGCCAUGCAGGGGAAAGCGCUGCUCAUCACAUUAUUGGAUCAGUAAUGCGCUCAAACAGCACUUUAUCUGCCAACUCGCUGUCCGGCAGCACCACAUCCACAGUGACGUUGGACACUGUCACACUUAUGAGUGACCACCACUCUUACGGAGCUGAAGAUGAAUUGCAUGAUAUUGCCCUCAGUGAAAGUUCUGGCCCACCAACCAUGUCCUUCAGCAAGGACCUGGACUAGUUAGGCGAUACUUAAUUUUUGAAUAACUUAUAAAUUCCUUCUUCCAACUGUCCACCGUGUAUUUAUCAGUUUAAUUAUUAUGCUUCUUUGUUUUGCUUUAAUGAAAUGAUUUAUUCAUUGGUUACUUAGUUAUCAAAACACCACUGUUAAUGCUAUUUUUUAAACAAUAAAUUUAUUUUUAAAUUUAAUACAACAACCAA